AUGGCUCCACCACGUUUCCCAUCCGCCCCUGUCGACCCGGCACCCCUGGGCGCGCCCCUUGAGCUGCCCUUCUCGGGCCGCAAGGCACCCAACCGCUUCCUCAAGGCCGCCAUGUCGGAGCGUCUGGCAUCGUGGCAUCCCACGAACGAAGCCGCGCGAGGCAUCCCCUCCCCCGAGCAGGUGACGCUCUACACUCACUGGGGCGCCGGCGGCUGGGGCCAGAUCCAGACGGGUAACAUCAUGGUCCAUCCGGGCCACCUCGAGGCGCAGGGCUGCCUCGUCAUCCCGCGCGAGGCACCCUUCGAGGGCGAGCGGUUCGAGCGGUUCAGCGCCCUCGCGGCCGGCGCUCGGAAGCACGGCAGCCUCAUCAUCGGCCAGGUCAGCCACGCCGGCCGUCAGGUUGACGAGAGCGUGCAGAAGCACCCCAUCAGCGCGAGCGACGUGCAGCUCGUCGCGCCCAGCAUGAGCCGCUCGUACGCCAAGCCUCGCGCCGCGACCAAGGGGGACAUCCGCGAGAUCGUCGACUCGUUCGCGCACGCGGCCGAGUUCCUGGACAAGGCCGGGUUCGACGGCAUCGAGCUCCACGGCGCCCACGGGUACCUGCUCGCGCAGUUCCUGAGCCGCAGCACCAACAAGCGGACCGAUGAGUACGGCGGCUCGCUCGAGAACCGCGCGCGCCUGAUUCUGGAGAUCGCCGAGGCGGUCCGCGCUCGCGUGUCUCCGUCGUUCAUCGUCGGCGCCAAGAUCAACAUCAUCGAGCUGCAGGAAGAUGGCGUGCAGCCCGCCGACGCUCGCGACCUCUGCGCCAUGCUAGAAGCGGCGCGCUUCGACUUUGUUGAGUUCAGCGGUGGCAAUUAUGAGAAGCUGGCUUGGAUGCAUGUUAGCGAGGAGGCGCGUGCCCGGGAAAACUUUUACAUCCAGGCCGCCGAGGAGGUCAUGAAGUGGCAGCCAGUGGCGGGCGAGCGCAAGAUGAAGUCGUACACCACAGGCGGGUUCCAGACAGUCGGGGCUAUGGUCAAGGCCUUGGAAGUGGUUGACGGCGUGGGCAUUGGGCGCGCGGCGUGCCAGGAGCCCCGCCUGCCGCUGGACAUACUCUCCGGUAAAGUCACCGGCAUUAUGAAAUACGCCAUCGGCGAGGACGAAAUGUUCAAGCGCCUGUUCACCUCUGGCACGCAGAUCCGCCAGAUCUCCCGCAACCAGGAGCCGGUCGAUCUGACGGUGCCGGAGAACGUGGAGAAGAUGUGGGGUGAUAUCAUGGCACAGCUUCAGCGGAUCGGCCAAGACAAGACGGGUGCUACGUAUGGCCUGCCCGAUGUGACCCAGGUUACGCACCCUUACGCGGAGCCCGGUGCUCAGAUCAAUGGCGCGUAG